CGAGGCACCACGGCGCCGUGGUCACGGGCGUCAUCCCUAGAUGCCGGGCCCCGGCAAUUUAGCACGUUCUUUUUUCUCCCCUGUGGCGCUCUUCGCUCGCAGGUAGGUCCUUAAUUAUCCGACCGGCCAACGACCGGUUGUCAUCGACAGCCGGAGUGAUGAGCGCGAGUGGACCACCCGCAGCCUCCCAUCCGCGCCGUUUCAUCCGAGUGGGCGAGUACACCAUAUCCGCGGGGUUGACUUCGCAGCGCGAAAGUCCACGUAGAGAGUAACGGGUGAGAGAGGCGGAGGACAGAGGUGAAUACUAUGUAUUUACGUGCAUUGGGCGGCUCAUAGAGCGUGCAACGUAGUCGGGAGGAUAAAACGUGUACGCGCCGUACGCGCACAUACCCGAUAAUAACGAAAAAUAGACGGAGAGAAGAUAUUGCAGGAGGUAGCCUCCAAUGAUUAGGAAUGAACGGAUAAAAGCCCGAUAUUAUGCACGUGGUCUCACGUAACUCUCGUACAAUGUGGCUCUUGUAUCGGCGCAUCGAGGUAUCCUCGAGAUAAAGAGUAAAUUACAGACGCGGAUAGUGAUGAGAGCUUAUCGCGGUGCAUUUUAGUGCAAUGCAAAAGCAGACAGACCGCCGCUGCUGUUGCCGCUCUGACGUGUGAUUGCUUUGCGAGCGAUCAGUGGACCUGAGAAUUUUUAACGUCCACGUUUAUGGACUCUCGCCGAUUAUACGAUACCAUCCUCCGUAAUUUAUUCAUUGUCCUCACCGGAUAGCUGUUGCAAUUGUUGAUCGAUGGCGCCGCUGAUUCGAGCUGGCCGGUCGCAUCGUUUAAUUUAUUCAUCGACCUCGCGCUCUCUUUCUCUCCCUUUCCCCGGCCUGGAAAUUUACGACGGUAUUAUUAUGGUUUUUAUAUGCAGAAUCAUCGAUUACCCAUGCAUCGUUCUUUUACCGAUUCUCGCGCAGGUAACGGAGCGGCGUCUGAUGGUGGAUGCGUUCUGAUUUACUGUCUGCUUCGAGAGCUUGAACGGAUAACAAGGCACCGAUUGUUCUUGCUCGUUUGACGUGGCCGAAAAAAUCAACUAAGAUCAAACUAUUGGGUCUCUCUCGGGGACCGACUCGGUCCAUAUUUGGUCCGGUUCGGGCAUUGCCGUACACAGACACUGCACGGGUGCAUCCGAGAGCCUUGAAACAGUUAAAAACGUCUUGAAGCUUUUCUUGAUACUGGCAAUAUUCUUGUUUCUUUUUUUCAUGAUUAAUACGCUAAAUUAGAUGCAACAAGUGAUAUUAUGCCUUACAUAAAAUGCGACUAUCCUUUUUUCCGUGAAAAAUCUGAAUGCUGUUACUACGAAAUCAUCCAUGAGAAUUUUCAGAUUUCAAUUUGUCCGUUGCCGCACGCACCGUUUUUCCGAUAACGCGGUCUCGUGUUCGAGAUAGUGUGCCAAAUUAGGAUCGGAUAGGUAACAUAACGAGCACACGAUAUCGAAUAUCGUACCGGAAAACCGAAGGUCGUUUUCGGCUGAUGCUCGUUUAAGAAUCGCUCGCUCGAAUGAAUGCAAUUUUCGCAUGUUCCUUAACUUGUAUUCAUUACUUUAAUUAAAUUAACUAUGAGAUUAUUAUUAAUUUUAAUACAGUAUUUUAAUCCUAUUUUAUAAUGUUAUUUUAAUAUGAUUUUAUACAAUCAUUUUAAUUUUAUACGAUAUUUGUUACACAGUAAGGUUGACUCGUGUAAAAUAAUGCGAAUCAUAAUAUUGUAAUAUAUCUUUUUGCCCAUGAGAGGAAAUAGGGGUCAGAUCGGAUGACGAACCAUAUUUUCAGUUUAAAUUAAUAUCUCAUUAGGUAUCGUGUGAUACUCUUUCUCUCUCUCUCUUGGAUUAUCUCAUCGCAAUAACUGUUAUGUACGCGGCGAUGUCCUAUCAGAAUAUUAAUUUAUUAUUGAAUUAAUAAUAAUUUUGGAGUUGUCAUUAUAAUUUUAAUUAGAUUAUAGAUAUAAUUCGUCAAAUCGAUGCGUGAAUAAUUAUUCGUUUCUGGUGAACGUGGCAACAACGAGCGUACGUUUACGCUCGCUCGAAAAGAGAUUUGUUCUUCUGCUGUUUAUUUGGCAAUUUCAAGCAUGUAAUAUGUAUUCUGCGCGUAAUGACCGUAAUGACCGUAUUGCUGACAAUUUUGAUGUUUUUUGUGGUGGCGGCUGUUGAUGGUGGCCUGCUCGAAAAAUACGCCAACGCGCCCGGGAACGUGUAUCACGGUAGAUACACGCGAGACGUUCAUGGAUCAGAACUCCUGAUACCGAGGCGGGUGCUCGAGGACGGUAGCUUCAGCACGUAUUCUCUGCCAAAUUUCUAUAACCACCGUGAGAUCGGCGAGCGCGGCAAGCGAUCCCCUGGGUCGGCCGUCGAUAAAUUGCACCUGGUGCUACCCUUCAACGGAAUCGAUCACCAUGUGGAGCUUAGCCCGUACCAUGAAUUCAUCUCGCCCGACAUGGUGGUGGAAACACGGGGCGCUGGGAUCUCCACUGAUCUGAAUGAGGGCUUGAGAUUCAGAAGGGCAUCCGAUCAGCAGUGUCACUAUCGCGGCCACGUUCGGGGCCAUCAUCACUCCAGGGCGGCUUUGUCUUUGUGUAACGGCGUGGCCGGUUACGUGCAGACUGAUCAUGGACGGUACUUCAUCGAGCCAGUGUAUCAGGCGGAACCUGAGGCGGACGGCCAGCACGUUCACAUAGUUUACAAGCGGGAAGCGCCACACGAGAAGAAUAGUCGAACCGAUGCCGUAUCGAAGAGACACUGCGGGACCAGCGACAACUGGGAGUCGGCCUGGGCAGAGCAGCUGGCUAAAAGGCAGAUGCGACUAAUGGAAAAUGAUUCUCUGGCCACGAGACGCGAUGCCGAAAUAUUCGCGGGCACGCACAGCAUACAUCGGUACAUUGAGAUCGGACUGAUCGCUGAUCGCCGGUUCCUCGACUUCCACAACAGCAGCGAUUACGAGCAGUACCUCCUGACAGUCAUGAACAUGGUGGCGGACUUUUAUCACGACAACUCCGUCGGGAAUCAAAUAGACGUCGUUCUGGUGCGCGUGAUAUACCUGGAGAAAGAGAAGGAGGAGAUAGACUUACUCAUUAGCCCGGCAGCCGAGAACACGUUGGAGAGUUUCGCGAAGUGGGCGGAGAAGAUGAAUCCGAAGGAUGACACGCAUCCGAAUCAUUUUGAUAUCGGCGUGUUGGUUACGCGGUACGACAUUUGCUCGGAGGAGGUCAAUUGCGAUCUGAUGGGCCUGGCUCACGUCGCCGCGGCCUGCGACUCGGCAAAGGCCGCUUGCAUUAACGAAGACAGUGGACUCUUGCUCGGCAUCGUGAUUGCCCACGAAGUUGGUCACGUGAUGGGCUGUUCGCACGACGAGCCCGAGACUAGCGGAUGCCCAUCGCAGGACACGGAUGAUAGCUACUUUAUUAUGUCCCCUAUCGUCUUCUUAUACACCAUCAGAUGGUCGAGCUGCAGCAGGAGAUUUAUAACAGCUUUUCUCGAGAGCGGGCUGGGCGAUUGUUUGAACGACAAUCCGAGAAAUCCUCCGGAGAAACUAAAGUACCCGAAGAUGUUGCCAGGUGCGAUGUACGACGCCGACUUCCAAUGCGACCUGACAUUUCCUGGCUCAAAAUCGUGCCCGCAGCCUCAAGCGAGCGGCUGCGAGACCCUAUGGUGUUUGACCAACACGAGCUGCUACUCCUUGGGGGCGCCUAAGGCCGACGGAACCAAGUGUGGCGAGAACAAGUGGUGCAUCCAUAAGAAAUGCGUGGACGUGGGCACUCGACCGGCCGCACGAGACGGUGGAUGGGGCGCAUGGGGCCCCGUAGGAGAGUGCAGCAGGACCUGCGGCGGCGGCGUCAAGUACUCUGAGAGAGAAUGCGACCAGCCGACACCGGCAAACGGUGGUAGAUACUGCAUCGGCGAGAGAAAGAAAAUCUUCACUUGCAACACUAUGCCCUGCGACCCGACGAAACCGCCGUACCGCGCGGUGCAGUGCUCGGAACACGACAACGAGGAGAUCCUGACGGACGGGCUUCAUCAAUGGAAGCCGUACAUGGACCCGAAAUUAGAAACCUGCGCGCUCUACUGCAUCAACGAGCAGCACACCUACGUGAAGAUCUCGCCCACGGCGAACGACUCGACACCCUGCAAGCCCGGGACCAACUACAUGUGCCUCUCCGGAACGUGCAGGAAAGUCGGAUGCGACUGGGUGAUCGACUCGGAUGCGAUCGAGGAUAAGUGCGGCGUCUGCAAGGGUGACGGGACGAGGUGCAGUCCAGUGGAGGGCGAGUACACUGACACGGUGACAAAGAGUGCGUAUGUGAAGAUCGUGACAAUUUCGAAGGGAGCUCGCAGCAUCCAUGUAUCCGAGAGGAAAUCCAGUGAGAACAUGCUGGCCGUGAGCCUCGAGAAAGAUAAAACGUACUGCCUCAAUGAUGACAACCAAGAGUAUAGGAGCGGAGAUUACGAGUGCGCUGGAACGAUGAUUAUCUACACGCAUCCGGAGCCGGACAAGGAAGUGGUGGAAAUGAAGGGUCCGAUAUCCGAGGAUAUCGAGAUACAAUACGCAUUCUUCAAUCCUCAAGACAAUCCUGGGAUACACUACAAAUACUACGUAGAAUCGACCAAUGUGUCGUACGUACCCAAGUACAUGUGGGACUUUAUCGAGUGGUCAGAGUGCAGCGCUAAGUGCGACGGUGGCACGAUGAUAUCCGAAGCGUCCUGCAUCGAGCAGCAGGGCGGCCGAGUGACGCCCAACUUCUGCGACGGGAUACCACGUCCGGAAGCGAAGAGCCGCAUCUGCAAUCAGGCCCCUUGUCCCGCAAAAUGGCGAGUAAGCCAGUGGAGUAAAUGCAACGCCUGUGACGGCAAGAAGGGCACGAAGUACCGCAAGGUCCAGUGCAUACGAUCAAGUGCACGACCAGGCGAGGACGAUGUGCAGGCGAAUCUGGAUGCAUGCAGAGGCCGCGUGCCGAAGCAGAAGGAGGAAUGCAUAGGUACUAGACCCUGUCGAAUGAUGUGUCCCAAGAGAACCCGAAAGUCCGAUGACCAGGAACUCGCGGAUGCAAACGAGAGGGUGAUCAGCUUAUCUCCGGACGAUCAGCGGAGGAUGAUUGACAGAUUCGUCGAUCUUGGUCUGGCACGUUAUCUGGAUAAGAGCCGCGACAGGUCGCGCGAGCUUGAAGAUACCAGCACAGCCCGGGACUUCCGGCAACUCCUUUACGACUCGACGAUGACAAACGAGGACAAGCGUAAGCGCACCUGCGAGGCAGGGGAGCGAUUCACCACGCUGAAGCCGGGAUCCGUCAUCAAGGAUUCGAUACCCAUCCAGAACAUAGUACUGCUCCAGGCGCCGUACAUGGACGAGUCCCUCCAGGCUAAUCUGUCGGACAAGGCGUUCCAGGAAGCCGGCGAUCUCGUCGGCGUCGGUAUCGAUACUAGCCAGCAGAAGGUCUACAAGGGGGUUCAGGCGAUUCGGCUUAUGGAACAACUGGCCCAUCAUAAUCUGACCACGAAGCCGCGCGCCAUUUCCAGCAAAGGGACUGAGAAGCUUAACUCGUCGGUGGAAACCACAUUAGAAAGGAGACGUUGAACGAGAAUGAGGAAUGAAACGUCAACGUCAUAACUUGUUACCUUUGCAUUCAGUUAUCAUCUAUGCAUAAGUUUCGGAAAUAUAUAAAUUUUUAGACGUGCGUUUAAGUGUAAAGAAUAUGAAUAUUCACAUAUGAAUUGUAGAGUUAAUAUUAGGAUUUUGUACAUCCCAUUGUACUUUAUUUAUGAGACGCUGUUUUGCUGAAUCGUCUCUUCGUCUCAUCUCACGAUGUAAUUGAAAGAAGACUGCCUAAUAAAAGCUGUAACAACGUGACACGAAAAAUCGCGCGCGUGCAACGAACGGUAGAAUAUCAUUGAACGACACGCGAUACCAUUAUCGUUUCGC